CACUAUCGAUCGUUGAAGGUCUCGCCGGCGUACGAUUGGCUCUCCUUUUCGCGCGUGUCCACACCCCUUCGUGCUUGUAGGCAUGGCACAAUACAAAGUAGCGCGCGACAGCAAGAGCUCUUGACGAGGACGAAGGGGAAGCGUAGCUUCACUCCGUGGGAUCGUUUGUGCGCAGUGCUGACUGCCGCCUGACUGGCUCCUACGAGUAGCUUUGCACCUGAAUUAUCACGAAUAUGGUGACAGGAGGAAAGGAGCACACAGGCAGCCCGGUCGAGUCCCAUGAGCCAGUAGACGAGCACCAGCAGAGUUCGACGGACGAGGAGUUCAAGGAUGCAAAGAGCGGAGGCACAACAAGCAGCGACGAGGAAUCUUCACCCAAAAGGGUAACACGCGCGCGCGGUAGACAGACAGCAGACACGGAGAAGGACGGCCCCAGGACCCGCGGUGCAAGCAAGGCAAAGACAAGUCCGAAGACUAGCAAGGGAAAGAAGAGCAACGGUAAGAGCUCAGCAAAGAAAGUUCAAAAGGAUGGCGAGUCGGACGACAGCGACUCGGCUGGUGACUACGUUCACGUCCAAGUUGGUGACUGUGUGAUGCUGGAUUCGGGAGACCCGGACGAUCCGUACGUCGCGCUAGUAAGCUCAGUGCAGACUUCGCAGCGGCAUGACCGAGCUGUGUCCACUUUCAUGGCGCAGUGGUACUAUAAACCUUACGACGUCAAAGAAGAGGUUAAGGCCUUGAUCAAGGGUGGCGUCCUGGAGAACGAGGUGUUUUUAUCACCCCAUAAGGACAGGAAUUCGAUCGAUGCUGUGAUCGAAGUGUGUCAGGUUGUGUCUCCUGAGGAAUAUAAUGACAUUCAGGACGAGAUAAAGCGUGGGUACCGCGAGAAAGGCAAGAUGUUUUUCGUGUGUCGCUACAAGUACUAUCCGAACCGUAGCAACAUCAAAAAGGCGCUGGAAGUUGUUGAGAACGAAGCGAUCCGAAGCGGACUGGGCCGUCCCAAACCCAAUGUCGGCAUCAGCUACCAGGCAACCAUACCGGACUUCAUCGAGCCAGUAAGUAGGGUGGAUGAUUCUCUUGUUCCUUGGAAGACAUGCGAGGAUCCUGCAGUACGACCGCGACAAAUGUGGUCUCCACUAGUUGCGACGAAACAAAGCCAGACGUUUCUGCAAUUUCGAGAUCUGGUGGACACACUUAAGUUCGCAGUGGGGAACAUUGUCAAGACAUAUCGACCGGGUGCGAAACCCGUGGGCCACCAACGUGGCAUCAUCCUGCAGUACGAACUGUCGGAUGCGAUUCAGAUUUGUGUAUCCACUGGACAGGUGCUCACAGUGUUGAAGAGCGAGCUGUGUUCGCCACUCUCAGAAGACUUAGCCAUGCAGCAAUUAUACCUUUCAAGAUUUAACUUAUCGCAAGCUGCAUACGGGUGCUCCAAGACGAUUCUGGAUGCACAGCGUACGGAGAGAAAGGCUUUCCGCAAGGAGGUGGAGCUAUUUGCAAAGGCAAAAACAGCAGCAACUGUUGACAAGAAUCUUCAGGAAGGGGACACUCGAAAGCGCAAGAAGUAGGAAGUUUAAUGGAAUUACAAAGCUGGCAUUGUGAUCGUCAUACAGCAGCCUUGACUCGGGUUGUGUCUGGGUAGUCCUCUACUCGUUAAAGUUUCGCAGCGGAUUUGGGUGCCUUCUUGUCCUCCUCCUUGAUCGCCUUGAGGUGAUCCAGCAAGUAAGCCAAGUCGAACGCCUUCUCCUUCAGGUAGUGGUACCUGUCACUAGCACUAAAGUGGCCUGACGACAAGUCCAUCUUCAACAGCACCUCGUUCUGGUCGCUCUUCAUAUCACGCAGCUUUGCGACCCAUUUGGUGGGCUCCCAGUAUGCCACACGUGGGUCAAACAGCCCGCUCGUGACCAGAAUGUUCGGGUACGCUUGCUGCUUGACAUUUUCAUAGGGAGAGUAACUCAGCAUGUACUCGAAGUAGGCUUUCUCGUUCGGGUUCCCCCACUCCUCCCACUCUCCAGUCGUCAGCGGAAUCGAGGCGUCGCUCAUGGUGUUCAUCACAUCCACGAACGGCACACCAGCGAUGGCAGCAGUGAAAAGGUCCGGACGCAUGUUUAACACGGCGCCCAUCAGCAAUCCGCCAGCGCUGCGGCCUUCACACGUCAUCUUGCUGGGGCUCGUGUAUCCAGUCUUAACGAGAUGCUCCGCACAGCUGAUGAAGUCCGUGAACGUGUUGAUUUUCUUCUUGUAUUUCGCGUCCUCGUACCACGUUCGGCCCAUUUCACCGCCACCUCGGAUAUGAGCGAUUGCGUAAAUCACACCGCGGUCCAGCAGCGGCAGGAUGGAAGACACGAAGCUCGGAUCGAUCGGGAUUUCGUACGAGCCAUAGCCAUACAGAUGCAGCGGCUGGCGGUCCUGCGAGCGAAGGUCCGAACGGUACACCAGCGAGAUUGGCACCAUGGUUCCGUCGCUAGCCUUUGCUUCCAGCCGCUCGGUCUUGUAAAGGGAGCGGUCAUAGUUCGGUACAGGCUUCUCCUUCAACAGCGUCGACUCACGGGUGUUGACGUCGUAGUCGAACGUUGCCCAUGGGGUAGUCAUCGACGAGUAAAUGAAGCGGUACUUGUCCGUGUCAAAGUCACGGUUGACCGACCCGGACACCGUGUAGCUGGACUCCUUAAAGGUGAUCUGACGGCGAGCGUGCUUGUCUCCCUCGGGGACGAUGAUCCAAAGCUGCGAGUAGCCUCCCUGUCGACCUUCCAUGACCAUAAAGUCCUUAAAGCAGUCAACAUCAUCCACCUUGAUGCUCUCGUCGUACGGGAACACAUCGACCCAGUGCUCUGGCGACGGUGACGUCACCGGCGUCCUCAUCACCUUGAAAUUGGUGGCCUUGUCCUUAUUCGUCACGAUGUAGAAAUAGUCUCCAAAGUGAUCCACCGAGUAGAUCAAUCCCUUCUGGCGCUGAGCAAUCACCUGUGGAGGCUUGGACGGGUUAUCCAAUUCGAUGAAAGACACCUCGCUGGUUUCGCUGCUCGAGGACAGCAAGAACAUGUACUUCCCGCUGCGAGCUUUCUGGAAGUAGGCGCUGUAGAUUUCAUCGUCUUCCGUGUACAGCAGCUCGUCCGCGUCCUUGCUCCCCAUCGUGUGACGCCACAGUUUAUUCUGGCGAUGGGCUUCGUCCUGAGUGGCGUAGUAGAGCACAGAGGCGUCCUGUCCCCAGCGCAGACUCGAGAUGUUUUCGAUCCGGUCCGGUAGUAACUUUCCAGUCUCAAGAUCUUUCACGUAACCCGUGUACGUUUCGUAGCCGCUGAAGUCCACCAUGUACGCCAGAUAGCGGUGGUCGGGACUGGGGGAUACGCUGGCCACUUGGCAAUGGUUAUGACCCUUGGCGAUCUCGUUCUCAUCCAAUAGUAACUCUUCCGGCGCGUUCUUGGUCUUGGCCUUGCGGCAGUGGUAUGCGUAGCUGCUGCCCUUCACCGUUCGGUUGUAGUACAAGUAGGAGCCGUGCGGAUAUGGGUAAUCUUCGUCGGUCUCCUGGACGUGCGACAGCAGCUCGUCGUAGAUGUUGGCGCGCACGUUAGCGAGAUGCUUCGUCUUGACGUCCGUGUACUCAUUCUCCUUGCGAAGAUGUUCCAGCACCUCCUCGUUCUUGCGCGAGUCAUCACGGACGUAGAAAUAUGGGUCCUCAAGGUACAAGAUGGGCUUCAUUGGGCUCGAGCCACGGUUCUGCCCCGCGACAGCGCCAAAUGGGACCAUCUUGGGUCGCUUUUCAAGGACGGGAGGGCGCACACGCCGUGACAACGUCGAAUACGCCGACCGGCGAAGGCGCACCACGUAUAGAGCCGCGGCCGCGCCGAUGCCGACGGUAAGAUUCAGUGCGCUCUGUCGGCUCAUACUGAUCGAAGGAUGAGGGAGUUUGUGAUGAUCCGCAAAAGGAUAUUCCCACCACGCUAAAAUACUUCCGGGUAGCCAUGUUUGCACAUCGAGAUGUACGUACGUCUGUUACAGUUAUGAUUUAGCUGGCUACCGGGAAGUAAUUUAAAGAUGACGGAAGUGAGCGGGUGCGAGGAGCAGUCAGUACAUGUAGCCGUAGCAAGAUCGAGCGGCCCUACUUCGUAAGCACCCCACUCGGUAUUUGCGUAGGCGCCAGCGACGGUCUCACCGGCAAACGGAUCCUCUCCAGUCUCCAGUGCAUGCUCUUUUCAAUUGAACAGCGCAAUUUUACUAUCUCGUGAUGUAAACAGUUUAAACUUUUUUUUUAUACUCUGGAGUAAUAAGAAAGUUAUCUAAAAAGGAUGUCGGAG